GUCGGACGGUUGAUGAGGGCUAUUGAUCAACUAUAUAUUGGCGGCUUUGAACCUCAUCGAAGACCUAGACGAAGAUCUUCACGCAUUCCUCUCGCGGCGGCAGGGCUGUUCGUUCGAUUCCAAUUCUCGAAGCAAGAAUGAAGGUGGUUGCUUCUUAUUUGCUUGCUGUCCUUGGUGGAAACACCAAUCCAUCUGCCGAUGAUCUGAAGCAUAUCCUUGGAUCAGUUGGAGCUGAUGCAGAUGAUGAUAGGAUUGAAUUCCUUUUGUCUGGAGUUAAAGGCAAGGACAUAACUGAGCUCAUUGCGUCUGGAAGGGAGAAAUUUGCCUCUGUACCUUCUGGUGGUGCUGUUUCAGUGGCUGCUCCUGCUGGAGGAGCUGGAGCUGCUUCUACUACAGCUCCUGCAGCUGCAGAGACUAAAAAGGAGGAAAAAGUGGAAGAGAAAGAAGAAUCAGAAGAUGAUAUGGGCUUCAGUUUGUUCGACUAAUUGCUGCCAAGCUCAUCAGGAAUGCGUCGCGGAGCUCAUCGGUUUCAUUCAGUAAAUGUUGAACUUCUUUUAUCAACCUUUAGUUUUUAGUUUGUUUAGUGUUUGAUGGUGCUUAAUGACCGUUUGUAUUUUGGUUACAAUUAUACAUUAUAAAUCGCACAUCAAUUAGUACCAACUUGGUUUUUCUAAUAGCUGCUUAUGGCUUAAGUUUGUUCUAACUAUCUUUUGCAGCUGAAUAACUUGAAACUGUUACUUUUUUUCCCGGA